AUGGGUUGUUUUCCUUGUUUUGAUUCAAGGGAAGAGGAAAAGCUUAAUACCCAAGAAGAGAGAGAUGAUCACAAGGAAGUCUAUCCAAGUAUUCCCUCCAAUAUCUCCAAAUUAUCAUCUGGUGCUGACAGGCUCAAAACAAGAAGCAAUGUUGGGCCGAGGAAGGAACCAUUGGGGCCAAAGGAUGCACCAGAUGUUCCGAUUGCUGCACAAACGUUUACUUUCCGUGAGCUUGCUACUGCUACAAAUAGUUUUAGGCCAGAGUGUUUUUUGGGGGAAGGAGGAUUUGGGCGUGUAUUUAAAGGGCAGUUUCCAAAUGGUCAGCUCGUAGCUGUUAAGCAAUUGGAUAGGAAUGGGCUUCAGGGUAAUAGAGAAUUUUUGGUAGAGGUUCUUAUGCUUAGCCUUCUACACCAUCCAAACUUGGUGAGUUUGAUUGGUUACUGUGCUGAUGGGGAGCAGAGGCUUCUUGUCUAUGAAUACAUGCCCUUGGGCUCAUUGGAAGAUCACCUACAUGAUCUUCCGCCUGAUAAAGAAUCAUUAGAUUGGAACACAAGAAUGAAGAUAGCAGCUGGUGCAGCUAAAGAACUUAUUACUGGACGUAAAGCCAUUGACACCACCCAACCACAGGGACAACAAAACCUUGUUGCAUGGGCACGGCCAUUGUUCAAUGACCGUAGAAAGUUCCCGAAAUUGGCAGAUCCGCGACUGCAAGGUAAGUAUCCUAUGCGAGGUCUUUACCAAGCACUAGCUGUGGCGUCCAUGUGUAUCCAAGAACAGGCUGCUGGUCGUCCUUUGAUUGGGGAUGUUGUCACUGCCCUUUCUUACCUGGCAAAUCAAGCCUACGAUCCUAGUAUAACUGCCGGGCCUGGCUAUAGAUUUUCUGGAGAUAAGGAUGACAACAGAAACAAAGAUGAGCGAGGUGGAAAAAUAUUGAGGAAUGAAGAGGGGGAAGGGUCUGGAUACAAAUGGGAUGUGGAAGGAUCUGAGAGGGAUGAUUCUCCGAGAGAAAUUACAAAAGUAUUGAACAGGGACUUGGACAGAGAACGAGCUGUUGCAGAGGCUAAAAUAUGGGGAGAGAAUUGGCGGGAAAAACGACGACAAAGUGUCCAAGGAAGUUUUGAUGGCAAUAAUGGGUAG